AAACGGUGGCUCUGGAAAAAGGCUGCGCGCGAGAUUCGGCGGCAGGGACGAAGGAAAAGAAAAGCCGCCGAUCCCGCGAGUGCGGCGGGGGCGCUCACAAGGAGGGCCGAGAAGCGACAGCCUGGCAGGGCGACGACGCGGACGCCGAGCCCUUCCCGAGCCUUCCCCCGCCAAAAGGCUCUGCGGUGGUGCCAUGUCCCCCGUUUGGGGGGCCACCCGCGGCUAAAGCGCCGGACCCGGCUGCGUACGAGCCUUUGGUCGGUGGCCUCCCGCUCCCCUUCCCUCGCCUUAUGGUGCGCUCCAAGGAUGGCGAAGAGGCCGCGUAGUGAGGAAGAUGAUGAUGACCUUCACUAUGCAGAUCAUGACUAUGAAGUACCACAACAAAAAGGCAUAAAGAAGAUUUGUAAUAGAGUGAAAUGGACACGUGAUGAGGAUGAAAAGCUGAAAAAACUAGUGGAACAGCAUGGGACAAAUGAUUGGGCAUUUAUUGCUAGUCAUCUACAAAACCGUUCUGAUUUUCAGUGCCAGCAUCGAUGGCAAAAAGUCUUAAACCCAGAACUGAUUAAGGGUCCCUGGACAAAGGAAGAAGAUCAGAGGGUUAUUGAACUUGUUCAGAAAUAUGGUCCAAAGCGCUGGUCUUUGAUUGCAAAGCACUUAAAGGGAAGAAUAGGGAAACAGUGUCGGGAAAGGUGGCACAACCAUCUUAAUCCUGAGGUUAAAAAAUGUUCUUGGACUGAAGAGGAGGAUAGAAUCAUCUAUGAAGCUCACAAACGUUUAGGAAACCGGUGGGCUGAAAUAGCAAAACUGCUUCCUGGAAGGACUGACAAUUCAAUUAAAAAUCAUUGGAACUCUACUAUGAGACGAAAAGUUGAACAAGAAGGAUAUUUACAAGAUGGAAACAAGACAGAACGAUCUUGUUCAUCAGAUUCUCCCCACAAAACUUGCUCAUCCAAUGAACAUCUUCAUAACCAGAAUCAAUUUUAUAUACCAGUUCAGGCCCAUAUCCCAGGAUACCAGUAUAUGUCAUCAGAAAGCAACUGUAUUGACCAUGUUCCGACUUCUUCCAACUUUAUUCAGCCAUUUGAUGAUGAUCCUGACAAAGAGAAGAAAAUAAAAGAACUUGAGUUGCUACUUAUGUCAGCUGAAAAUGAAAUCAGAAGGAAGAGAGUCUCAUCUCAAGCUGGAAAUUUUUCUAAUUGGUCUGGAAGCUUCAUCAUGGAAGAUAUGUCAAAUACCCUGAAUAGCUUUGGGGAACAAGCAAAUGACUUUUAUGCCAUAGAAGAAACCCAAGCUGCAGGAGCUCAACAGAACUCUCCAACCAAAUAUCUCGCUGUGGAGGCAAAUGCGGUUUUAUCUUCUCUACAAACUAUUCCUGAAUUUGCAGAGACCCUAGAACUCAUUGAAUCCGAUCCUGUAGCAUGGUGUGAUGUCACCAGCUUUGACCUUUCUGAUGCGGCUACCUCCCCUGUCAAUCAAGUACCAGUAAAACAGAUGCAGAUUCAACACAAUGUUGGGGCUAUGGAGUGCCAGUUCAAUGUCAGCGUUGUACUCGAUGACAAGAAAACAAGUGAAGAAGAAGUAACUGUGUCAACAUCCCCAAGCACAACCAAGUUCAGCACUCCGACCAUUUUGCGGAAAAAGAAGAAGCCUAGAGCUGGACAGUCAGUGGUCAGUGAGCAGAAUGAUGGCUCAUGUAGCAAUGCUUCCAAUAUUGCACUAAAACAAACACCAGUGAAAACACUACCAUUUUCUCCUUCCCAGUUCUUUAAUACCUGUUCUGGAAAUGAGCAGUUUAACCUUGAAAAUCCUGCACUUACGUCAACACCAAUCUGCGGACAGAAAGUUCUUAUUACAACUCCCUUGCAUAAUAAAGAAACAACACCCAAAGAUCAAAAAGAAAAUGCAGGUUUUCGGACGCCUACUAUUAGAAGAUCUCUUCUGGGUACAACACCAAGAACUCCAACUCCCUUUAAGAAUGCUUUAGCUGCUCAGGAAAAAAAAUACGGUCCUCUGAAAAUUGUGUCACAGCCCCUUGCCUAUUUGGAAGAAGAUAUUAGAGAAGUUUUAAAGGAGGAAACAGGAACUGAUAUAUUUCUCAAAGAGGAGGAGGAGCCUGUCUAUAAGAGCUGCAAACAAGAGAACUCUUCUGAAAAGAAAGUCAGGAAGUCAUUAGUCUUGGAUCCUUGGGAGAAAGAAGAGCUUGGUGCUCAGUUUUUUACAGAAGACAGUAUUUUAGAUGUACAGUCAGAAAAUAUCUAUACUACAUCACUUCUUAUGAUUCCACUGUUGGAAAUACAUGACAACAAGGGAAACCUAACUCCAGAGAAGCAGGAUUCCAACUCAGCGAAGCCGAGUAUAGCACUGAAAAAAAAAUUGAAUACUUGCACUUCAAAAAAUGUCAAAACAGAAAAGGUGCUUCAGGCAAAUUGUGAAUGGGAAACUGUUGUUUAUGGGAAGACAGAAGAUCAGCUUAUUAUGACUGAGCAAGCAAGAAGAUACCUGAACACAUACACAGCUACCGGCAGCACUUCAAGAGCUCUAAUCUUGUGAUUGUUACAAAUGUGCCAAUCUGCCUUUUCAUUUUUCCUAUGGACAAUAUGCUGAAUUUUUUUCAGUGAUGUACAUUUUGAAUCUUUUAGGAUGCCUUAUAAGGAUGCUUAUAAGGGAGAACAAGUCUCUUUAGCAAAUGACAACUGUCAUAUGUACACCUUUUUAAAAAGUGAAUUUUAAAUGGUCUUUUUAAAACAAUCGAAAGGAAAUUGUGAAAGAAAUACCUUUUUGUCUUUUUAAACCAAUUUUAAAUUAUUAGUAGUACAUGUUUUUUCUGUCAAGAAAGGUUUAAUGUAGAAUAGGGUUAUAGGUACUUAGAGAAAGAAUAACCUACACAAUGGAAACACUUUUGCUUAAAAGCUUAUUUGCUUCUGUAGCAAUUUUAUAAUUACAAAAGAGACUUAAAGGAAUAAUAGAACGUUGCACUACUAGUUCUAGAGUAUGCUGCAUAGACUUAACUACAGUGUUAAAUAUAUUUAUUUGAGAAUGGUAUAAGAAUAGAGGUGAAUUUUAUUAGGAUAAAGCAUCAGUAUUCAUAAAUGUUUAACUGAGACCAUUGUUGAAUGUAUUGUACAGCAUAUAGGAGUAGGAAAGCUUUUGUAAAUUGGAAGGGCAUUAGUGUUUAAUUUAUUUUCAUUAUAAAAUUGAAGGCUGCAAUCUCAUAAAGCAUGUGCACAUUCCUGUACUGCAAAGCCAGUGGCAUACUUACGACAUGCAGAUUUGUUAGUAUUUUCACACCAGUACCUCAGACUAUACCUCCUUGGCUCUCUUCCAGUUUUUUGGCAAAAGAAUAUAUUUUCAGACCCAGUCCAUUCUAGUUCUUUGAGAGGGCCUGUAUCUCUUGCUUUCUUCCUCAACUCCUUUGAUAGCUCCUUUUGCCCCCUAUUCCCAAUGUUUACAGCUCAGUAUUUGUAGAAUAGAUACGGUAGUUUCUCAGUUCUGAGAAGGUAGUCGGUCCAUCUCCUUGGGGUAGCAAAUCUGAACGUACUCUGCCAACUGAACUCCUUCUUCCCAUGUCUAAGCUGUGAGAACAUCAGGUUCUGCCUUCAUGUGAUAGGAACUAGAAGAACUGUGCGAAACAUACAAUUCAGGGCAGCAAAAAAGUUUCUUUUAACAAGGAAGCUGAAAGCAAAAGGAAAAUAUGAGAUAAGUCCUAGCUUGGGUACCCCAAGGAAAGUUGUAAGGACUGUGGGCCAGAAGGACAUGGACUGCAUGCGGAGAGAGAAGAGGACAUUCUUACCAGCUAUGCUCAAACUCAGGCUGACUGUAUUGUAAGUUCUGAGAAUAUCUUUUAACCCCAGAAAUACUGAAGUGUAUGUAUUUGGGAAAAUGAGGCGCAAACUGAUACUGGAUGCACAUCUCCCACCAAAAAAGGGAAGUGAAGGAGACUAAAUUCCAGCACCACAUAACAUAUCAUAACUGGCAGUUUGCGGAAGGACUGUAGAAUAUUGAGCCUGGCAGAAUGUAACAAGCUUUGAAAAUGAGAAGGGCCCACAUCUAUCCUUGUCUUUUCUAGCAAGUGCCCUAAAUUCCAGUUCUCACAAAUGCAUGAUAACUCUCCUUGUCAAACCGAUUUCAAUAGUUGUGUGAUGUGAGUCUUCUCUGGUUAGGGAAGGGUGUCUUUAAGAUGCUUGGAACUGAUCUUGUCCCACAGUGUCUGAUCAUUUCAAGAGUAGAGGACAGCAUGUUGUAUUGAGGUAAUGGAGAAGCAUUCUAAAUGUGAACACUUCCCCAAGAGGAAGAUUUCCUCUUUUGUAGGCUUGGGUUGUUUUUUCCUGUAGUCUGCAUAGUGUAAAUAGGAAAAGGGAAAAUGUAUGGUACUGUAUGUGAAGGAUCAUGGUGGUUGAUCUGCUGUGGUAGAGUGCUUGAAGUUCUGUAAAUAUCAGCAUCUCAAAAACAUCUGUAUUGGCAUAAAUGCUAUGUUGGAUUGCAGCCUUGAUGUGUAGUUAUUUAUAUUUAUGCAGGUUGUCUAGAAGCUGCUGAUGUUUUCCUGAUAAAGUGACCAUAGCAGAAAUGAGAAGGCAAAUUUUAACCUUGGUGCAGAGAAUAGCAGCAACAUUAUAUGCUGUGAAGUACAUAAGCUUACAUUUGAUCUACUUCAGAAUUGCACUGUCCCCUUUUUAAAUCAUGUUGGUCUACAUAGUAGUUUUAAAUUCAGCUUGGUUAUACUACAAGUAUUCCAAUAACUUGGUUAUAGAGGGCCAUAUUUGUGUAAGGACAGAAGUUGGUGACCAUCAGCGUUAAUUCUUGUGAUCCUGUUCAUAGGUUAAUACUACACUUAUUUAUGCGCCUGAGAGAAAUUGUGGGCUUGUUCACAUAAUCUCUGCACAUGAGCCCCAUGGGUCUUCCAGAUUCUACCUUUGCCUGCUUUUGUUUUGAGAACUGGUGGCAAGAACUAAAUUGUAGACCGAUAUAGCUGUAGGUAUGCUUGUAGGUAUGCUUUUAUGUACAUACCAUGUUUAGUAGCUGGAAGAAGUGCUUCUGCAACUGCUGUAUUUGCUGUUGCCAAUAAUCUGCUUACAGCUCGGGUUGCACUGAUAUUUUCCCGUGUAGGCAUGUGCAUGUGCAUGGCUAUGGGAGGGAUCGUGAGAAUGGGAACAAGUUCUAACACAUUAAUAUCUGCCCUUGGAACAUUCAACUACAGAACUCCUAAACUGUUUCUAAAAGCUAAGUCUUUUAUGUAUGCUUCAUGCCAUCACAGGUUACAACAGCUGCUUCAGUUUACCUGCCUUAGAAAUUUGCACUUAUUUUACCCUGUUUGAAGGAAUGUCUUGGUUUUGCUUUGUACUGUAGCUAUUUUUAGUUAAUUUCUUGCAGAACAUAAUGGUGUGCUGUCAACCUAAAUACUGACAGGUAGAUAGAAUUGUAUACUGUAGAUGUUAGCUAUUUAUAAAUCUGACACUCUUCCUCUCCACUCCUGGGUGUGCUGCUAUAGAUAGCAGCAGAAUCUGCUUGCUGCUAUGAGAGAUGGAAAGAGCGAGCAUCAUAUGCACUGUAUGUAAAUGACAAAUAGAAUGAUGGCAUGUUCUCAAGUUUUGGUGUGGGGAAUAACACAGCUACUAGCAAGAAACGUGAUACCACCACGAGAUCUCAGAAUGAAUUCCCUUGUUUUGUGUGGUUUGUAAAACAUAAGAGUACCUUUAAAAAAGCUCAAAGCCCCAUACCGUAAUAAUUUAUUUAUUAUUCUAAAGGAAUAUUUAUAUAUAGAAUGUUCACUUAGUUGCCUUCAGUAGGCACACAAGUUUUGUCCAGUUUUAAAACUGUUUUGGGCCCCCCCCCCCCCCCCCUCCACAACAAUUCUCUAAAGAAGAGAAUUGUUUCUCUAUCAAAAUGUGAGGAACCAGUUUGGAACUCUCUAUGGCACUGUAAGUUUUGGUGUAGUCACUCUUUUAGGAAGCUUCUUCUGAAAACUCCCUGGCUGAAGCACAAAGGAGUUAAGUGAAUGGAGCAGGCAUAGUAAAGCUGCAAUCCAGGAACAUGUCUCUGCCAUAGCUUUUUAAAUUGCAAUUCAGUCACUUGGAAAACCAAUUCUGAAGCUUAGUGGCAUGUUAUGAGGUCGUGUAGGAGAGUGACAUCUCCUUCAGGGUGUAUAUGAGUACUUAACUUGUACCUAAAUCAGCUGUCUGGAUUACAGCCAGUAUGCCAGGAUCCAAAGAUUUUCCUUUGUGUAUAUAUCCUCGUGUGUGCCUUUUGGCUGAAGUUCCCAGUGCUACCUUAGCACCUCCUUUGGAGUAUCCCCUGAUUUUAUGUAGUGGCUCUUAGAAAAGAGAUAUGAAAGAGUAGGAUUGGGGUGGGGAGACUCAAGCUCUGUGAUAUUAGUAAACUUUGCCUGCGGCUCUUUGGAUCCUUCUGCUGGUUUGCAGGAGGUAUGUGAAUUAUUCUGACAUUAAAAAAUGGUACCAAAGCCACCAUUACCAGCAUUUAACAGAAGUCUUGGGUACAUAGUACCAAGAGGAUUUGGUAUUGGUUGAAUUUUUCAGUUAAGUGCUUUAGUUUUGCUUUAGCAGAAGGUUUAAAACCUAUGACACAUUAGGCAUCUCUUGUUUGUAAAAAUACUUUAUCCAUCUUAGGAACGUUGUAUUUUUUUAAGUUUAUAAGUAGAAUAUACCUGCAGCAGCCAAACAUAUAUGUUGGAAACUGACAGCAACUGUUAAUAGUUACAUUUGUUUUAAAGUUUUGGCUUUAAUUAUAAGAAUAAUUUUGAUGAAGUUCUGUUGUGUUUGUUGUUGUUUUACUGCAGUCUUUGUUUCAUUUAAAAGUAUUUUGCAUGCAAUGCAGGUCCGUAAUAACAUCAGAAAUAAAACAUUUAUGAACACA